AUGCAGACACCGCCGGAGGUCUUUGUCGCGUAUGGGACACGUGGUGAAGUUGACGUUUUUGAGCUCGGUACAACAAGUCCUUCGAGGUCUUUGUCGCGUAUGGGACACGUGGUGAAGUUGACGUUUUUGAACUCGGUACAACAAGUCCUUCGAGGACGCUAUGGCCUUCACUGUCAGACCCCUUCUCGUACGUGCAAACUGGACGAUCUUCGAAAUGUAACUACAGCGCUGACGGUCUGUACUGAUACAGGAUUUGUGUACACAGGCGAUACCGAAGGAAGCCUUCGUCGUUGGAAUCUUGGCCGCGCUCCUUUAUGCGACUAUAUUAGUGGGCCCAGAGAAAUAACAGCUCGAUCCCCAUACCGAAUCGCAUACAACGAGAUGACAGGAGCAGACGGACAACCUACCACAAUUUAUGAGAUGCGAGUUCCUAAUGAGCAAACUAAAGUACGAACGUUCCCGGAAAUGAGGAAUUACGCGUCGACUCGGCAUCGUUGCUCAAUUAGCGACGUACUCAGCCUCCAUUCCGAUAUACUAGUGUCAGCUGGCUCAGAUGGUGUCAUCAAAAUAUGGAAGUAA